UCUCUUAAUGAUAAGGGCGAAGUUGAAAUAUUAGAAGGGUUUAUUGAUUUUUCAAAUAAUUUAGCUUUAGAAUAUUUAGGAAAUUGGUCAAAAAUCUCUGAUUUGAAUACUCAAAAAAUUGAACAAAAGGAAAAGUAUGAAAAUCAAAUAGCAGAAUUGGAACUAAAAAAUGAAAAGUUAGAAACAAAGGUAAAAGAGUUAGAUGAUAAG